GCGCGCUAGCCGGCUCCCGCGCUCCCGAGGCGCCCCUCGCCCGCCAAGCAGGAGGGCCGACCCCGCGCGGACUCGAGCGAGGCGCCCGGCGGGGGCGAGGGGUGGGGUUUGCGGCGCGCGCCGGCCUCGGGGGAGCGAGUCCGGAGCCGCGCGCGGUCGUCGCCCGGCCGGCCAUGGGCUGGCGGGCGGAGGGCGCAGGGCCCCGCGGCUGCUCGCGCCCCUAGGCGCGCUCGCCUCGUGCAGCCCGCUCGGCCCCGGCCUGGCGACCCGCUGGUCUGCGCCCCGACGGCGCCGGGAGCAGAGGAGCCGCGCUCGGGUCUCCGGGAUGUGCCCGUCUGAGAUGGGGACGCCGUGGCAUCACUGGUCCCCCGUGCUCAUCAGCCUGGCCGCCCUGUUCUCCAAAGUGACCGAGAGCCGCGGCGUCCUGGAGAGCGUCCAGAGGUUCUCCUUGCUGCCCACCUACCUCCCCGUGACCUACCACAUCAACAACGCCGACGUGUCCUUCUUCCUCAAGGAGGCCAACCAGGACAUCAUGCGCAACUCCAGCCUGCAGUCCCGCGUGGAGUCCUUCCUGAUUUACAAGGCCAAGCGGCUGCCCGUGCUGAACGCCAGCUACGGGCCCUUCUCCAUCGAGCAGGUGGUGCCCCAGGACCUGAUGCUGCCCUCCAGCCCCUUCGGAUUCACCAACAAGUUUUCCCUCAACUGGAAGCUGAAGGCGCACAUCCUGCGGGACAAGGUGUACCUGAGCCGGCCCAAGGUGCAGGUGCUGUUCCACCUGCUGGGCCGGGACUGGGCGGCCCCGAGCCCCGGCGAGAGGCUGCCGUGCCUGCGCCUGUUCGCCUUCCGCGAGACCCGGGAGGUGCGGGCCGGCUGCCGGCUGCAGGGGGCCCUGGGGCUGUGCGUGGCCGAGCUGGAGCUGUUGGCCGCCUGGUUCGGGCCCCCCAGCGUGGUGGCCGGGAGGAAGAAGGCGCCCGGGCUGCCCGAGGGGAGCCCCGUGGAGCUCUACUACUCUGUGCAGCCGGGGGACGCCCGCGGGGACUGCGUGGGCGGCGACACCCGGAAGGGUAAUGCCAUCCGGCCGGGGAAGGACGGGCUGGACGAGGCCGUGCCCCACCUGCAGAGGAUCGGGAGUGUCUUCCUCUACCAAACAGGCAGCCGGCCGGCGCUGAGGGAGCUGCGUCUGGACAGCAACGUGGCCAUCCUGUACUCAGCGCACACGGCCAGGCAGGGCGACGUACUCACCUUCCCCGUGGCCGUGUCCCGAAACUGCAGUGCUGAUCGCUUCACACUCAGGGCCAAGGUGAAGAAGGGCGUGAGCGUCGUGGGGGUGAGAGCCAGCAGCCCUUCCAUGUGGGAGGUCACGCGGGGCACGGACCACAGCGGCAAGUACGCGCCUGCCGUCAUCGUUUGCCAGAAGAAAUCUGCUGGCUCGGGAAACAGUGUGGAUGGAGCCUCCUACGAAGUCAUGCAGAUCGAUGUGGAAAUAGAGGAGCCCAGUGACCCACCGGCCACACAGCUUGUCACAUGGCAGGUGGAAUAUCCAGGGGACAUCACCUCUGACUUGGGCGUAUCCAAGAUCUACGUGAGCCACAAGGACGUGAUGGGCGUCAUACCGCUGGCCAUGGAGGCUGAGAUCCUGAACACAGCCAUCCUCACGGGGAAGACGGUGGCCGUUCCGGUGAAGGUGGUGUCGGUGGAGGAGGACGGCACGGUGACCGACCUGCUAACGUCUGUGGAGUGCCGGUCGUCCGACGAAGACGUGAUCAAGGUGUCUGACAGCUGUGACUACGUCUUCGUCAACGGGAAGGAGAUGAAAGGCAAGGUGAACGUGGUGGUGAACUUCACCUACCAGCACCUGAGCAGCCCCCUGGAGAUGACCGUGUGGGUGCCCCGGCUCCCGCUGCAGAUCGAGGUCUCGGACACUGAGCUCAACCAGAUCAAGGGCUGGAGGGUGCCCAUCGUCUCCAACAAAAGGCCAGCCCGGGACAGCGAGGAGGAGGAGGACGACGACAGGAGGGGGGGUCGCGGCUGCGCGCUCCAGUACCAGCACGCCAUGGUGCGCGUCUUGACGCAGUUCGUGGCCGAGGCGGCGGACCGGGGCGGCCACCUGGCCCACCUGCUGGGCUCAGACUGGCAGGUGGACAUCACGGAGCUGGUGGGCGACUUCAUGCAGGUGGAGGAGCCCCGCAUCGCCAAGCUGCAGGGGGGACAGGUCCUCGUCGGCCAGGAGCUUGGGAUGACCACCAUUCAGAUCCUGUCGCCUCUGUCCGACGCCAUCUUGGCAGAAAAGACCAUCACCGUGCUGGAGGAGAAGGUGACCAUCACCGACCUCGGGGUCCAGCUGGUGACAGGCCUGUCACUCUCCCUGCAGCUCAGCCCAGGGAGCAACAGAGCCAUCUUCGCCACCGCGGCGGCACAGGAGCUUCUGCAAAGGCCCAGACAGGAAGCGGCCAUCAGUUGCUGGGUCCAGUUCAGCGAUGGUUCCAUCACCCCCUUAGACAUCUACGACGGCAAAGACUUCUCUUUGAUGACCACCUCCCUGGAUGAGAACGUGGUCUCCAUCCACCAAGACCCCAAAUUCAAGUGGCCCAUCAUCGCUGCUGAAACCGAAGGGCAGGGUGCCCUGGUGAAGGUCGAAAUGGUCAUCAGCGAAUCGUGCCAGAAAUCCAAACGUAAGAGCGUGCUGGCCGUGGGAACAGCCAACGUCAAAGUUAAGUUUGGCCAAAACGAUGCGAACCCCAACACCAGUGACAGCGGACACUCUGGGGCUGGAGUUCACCUAGAAAAUAACGUCAGUGACAGAAGACCCAAAAAACCCUUGCAAGAGUGGGGGAGUAAGGGAGGAAGGUACCACAGCAGUUCCUCCAUGGGCCUCAUGGAAGGGAGGGGGUCCACGACGGAGAGGUCGACCUUUCAGAGGAAGAGCAGUCAAGGAAGCCUUUUAGAUGAUGACAGCCAUCUGCAGACCAUCCCCGUCGAGCUCAGCAGCUUCCCGACCCAGGGCGACCCGCCCAGAAGCAACGGGGAGUCAGACGAGAACGGCCUCGCGCAGGCCUCCAAAGGGUUGACCGACUUGGAGAUCGGCAUGUACGCUCUGCUGGGGGUCUUCUGCCUGGCCAUUCUGGUCUUCCUCGUCAACUGCGUGGCCUUUGCGCUCAAGUACAGGCACAAACAGGUUCCGUUCGAGGAGCAGGAAGGUCUGAGUCACUCGCACGACUGGGUCGGCCUGAGCCACCGCUCCGAACUGCUGGAGAACCACAUCAACUUUGCGUCCUGCCAAGACGAGCAGAUCACUGCCAUCGACAGGGCCGUGGAUUUCGAAGAGAGUAAGUAUCUGCUCCGCACAGACUCCCAGAAGAGCAGCAACGGGCAGCUGCUCAAGUGUCCGGGCCCCGGCGUCACAGACGAGAGGGAUCAGAGAGGCGAGCCCCCGGCGUCCCCUACCUCAAAGAGGAAAAGAGUGAAAUUUAGCACCUUCACCACCGUCCCCUCGGACGACGGCUGCCCCACCGUGAACUCCAUAGCGGCCGGCGGUGAGGACAUGCGCUGGGUCGGCCAGGAUCUGGACCCCGGGGAGAGCAGACCGCCGCACGGCUACGUGGAAGGGUUACGUGAGCACGUGUAAGCCAGACCCUCACGGACGCGGGCUCUCACUCACUCUCAGCCUUUAAAUUUGGGGCUGUGUGGCCAGGGCACCCCUGGGAAAGGAGUGACAUGACAGGACAAGAUAAGACCGCCCCCAUCGGCAGAGCCCCGGCAAAGGUCGCCGGCUUGGCUGGGUGGCCCCGCGUCGGGAUCGGGGCACAUAUUCCGGCACCCAACGUCUCGGCUGGUGCUGAGACGGAUCGUGCCUGGCGAGAUUUGUAAAACUUGGAAGAAAAAUGAGUUCUGCGCCACCGAGCGGCUGAGAGGUCCCAGGAAAGAACGGCCCUCCCCGCCCCCCGUCCAUCACCCUUUUUUCUCUUGAACCAAAGCCCUUGGGUAUGGUGAAACCCACGGGAGUCCAGAACUCACUCCCGCAGAGCCCAGAAGAAGCCUGAGACUCGGGUGGGUGCGAGUGGAUGGACGGGGGGGACAGCGAGUUCCUCGAGCCGGGGUGAGCAUCCCUCCAUCCGCGGGACCGCGUGCUGCCGACAGGGACAGACGGGCCGCACGUGGGCAAAUGGGCCUCAGAUAUCUUUGUCACGAGAUGCCCAGAACAAAGGAGCAAGCCCUCUGGGGCACUCGGGGCUUCCCUUUACUGGUAAACUAGGGAUACAGGGCACAGAAUGUCAGCCCGUUCGAGGAACCAGGCUUUUCCGGGCAAGUUCACCGUCUUCAAAUGUGCACUGCUCUGCCCCAGCAGCUGUCGAAGAGCCGUCGCUCAUGUGCGGGCACGGGGGCCUGUCCAGCAUCCCCCGUGGGCUGGUGCGUCAGGUCCAAGUGACACUCUGCCGUGGCCCCGCCAGGCAAACGUCACUCGUGUCCUUUCCUUGGAGAGGCAGGGGUUUGAGAAUUUGCAGUUCUCAUGGUGAAUUCAACACCCGGGGACACUCAUCGCCCUGGCCCCUCAGGAAAGGUGGGGCAGCCGUUUUGUGAUGGCCCCGCGGAUGGCCACACCGGGUGCCCCAUCCACAGUGGCAGAAAUAGAUGUGGACGAAGAUGGAGUGUGUGGCCUGGGAGAGCCGGGGUCCCCCUGUGCCAUAGGGGGGCUGGGCAGGAGGCUUGGACUGAUGGAGGGACCGAGGUGCCCAUGCUUGCAGGGGAGAGGGAGGCCCUAGUCUGUCCGGAGAGCUUUUACGUCAUUGCUUAAAAUCAGAAUGACUCUGAAUGUCUCCCCAACCCCUCUGGACAGAUGGGAAGCCACUAAGGAGGCAGAUGAGGGGAGAGGUGAGCGUAUUCUUGCCCCAGCUCGAGCUCCUGCCAAGGCGGGGCAGGGCGGCGGGACCCCUGGCAAGAAGGGCCACGGAGAAGCAGGGGGGCGGGGCGGGGCGGUGGGGGGUGAGGAGGGCUCUCCCCUCUGUCAUGUGCUGUCUCUCCACUCUGCAGUGCUCUUCUCCAGUUUCUCUCUUCCACUGUGUGUCCCUUCU